GGUUGCGUCACCCUACGACAUCACGUCGUUUUACGUAAGGCAGGCGCUCCGGUUUCCUGGCGGAGAAGAUGGCGGCUCCUGGACCGGGGGAGUAUUUCAGCGUCGGGAGCCAUGUCUCUUGCCUCACCUGCUUGGGCCAACGUCUGCAAGGAGAAGUAGUCGCGUUUGACUACCAGUCCAAGAUGUUAACUCUGAAAUGUGCUUCCUCCAGUGGUAAGCCAAACCUCAACGACGUCAUCCUGAUCAACUUAGCCUAUGUUUCUGAUGUGGACAUAAUAAAUGACCGCACUGAGACUCCACCCCCACUAGCAUCACUGAAUGUUAGCAAGCUUGCCAAUCGAGCACGGACAGAAAAGGAGGACAAGCUGUCCCAAGCCUAUGCAAUCAGUGCUGGGGUUUCUGUGGAGGGCCAACAGCUAUUCCAGACUAUUCACAAAACCAUCAAAGACUGUAAAUGGCAGGAGAAGAACAUUAUUGUGAUGGACGACGUCGUAAUCUCACCGCCUUACCAGGUUGAGAACUGCAAAGGCAAAGAGGGAAGCGCUUUAAGUCAUGUACGCAAAAUAGUUGAGAAACAUUUUAGAGACGUGGAAAGUCAGAAGUCCAUGCAACGUUCACAAGCACAGCAAACACAGAAGGACUCCACUUUAUCUUCUUGAGUUGGCAGUGUGGGUCGGCCGGGGAAGGCGACGUAGGUGGUUUUGUUCCCACUGCCAGACUAAGUCGGCAUUCCUUGUCCUCAGUCUGAGACCACAAGGAGGAGCGCUGAGGGCCCUGGAUCCAGAAGAUCAAAAUACCAUUAAAUGAAAAAGACAAAAAAGAGAGGAAAGAUUAAAUCUUAAAUUAGACUUUAUAAAGAAUAAUUUAAACAUGAACCAUAAAGCAACCAUAGUUUCCUUAACUAACUUGUCUCAUUCUGCCCCCACUCCUCCCCUCCUGUCCCUGAAGCAUUUUCUUUUUUCCGCCCUUCUUCCUUUGCCUUCAGUUCCAUUUCAAAAAGAGAAAACUAGAGCAGUCAGAAAGGCUUGUUAGCUUUAUUUUCUGUCAUUGUUUCCUUUUUUUGCUGUAUCCAUGUUCUACUGUCUGUAUUUUCUGUAUUUUAAACAAAAUGUGACUUGAAACGCCACACUUUAAAGGACAUUUUCUAAAAUAAAAGUAACAAAAAUUCU